AUGCACUUCGCGUUUACAGCUUUGACGACAAUCUGCAUUCUGCUGUUUUUGGUCUCUGAUAUACAUCCUCGAUCUGACCAUGGACAUGUGAGACACGUAAGACUCUUGCAUCAUCGACUCUCAUAUCUACUUGAAUGGUCCCAUACACGGUUCACUGAAUUCCCAUCCUUCACCAUGGCCAAAUCCUCACGGCGAUCCGGUCGUGGAAAAACGCCCUCAUCAGGCGCCUCAACCCCAACUUCUGCAUCGGCAGGUCCUAUCCCACCGUUCAUCAAAGUCCCCGCGGCCUUGAAAUCGUUCGUCGAACCCUUGUCCCCCAAGGAAGUCUAUCUUGUCCAUAUCGACAUCACAGCCGAAGAGCAGAAGCGACAAACCUUCACUGUGCCCCUCCUGGUCAACAUCAUAGUCGGUGCCAUCAUUGCAUGGAGAGUGUACACAGGCAUCAGCACAUACCCAGCCCUCGUGGCCACGCUGAUCGGACUACAAAGUUCCAUGACGGUGGACACAGCCGCCAUCCCAUGGACAGAAGGGGCCACAAUCGUCGCAAUGCGCACGGGAACUUUGGCCCUCGACUACCUGCUCGUGACCGUGUUCCUGUCAUGGCCAAUUAAUUUCAUUCGGGGGCCCGUGCGCUGGCGCCGCGCGGUCGGAUUCCGCGAGCGCGAGGUCAUCGUCCGACGCAGCCACCGCAGCUGGAGCAAGAAGCUCGAGCGCAACAAAUGGAUCCGCGAUGACGAAGCCCGCCGUGAUAAGAUCGUUGCUGCUGUGACUCCGGAGCGCGUGGGUAAGACGGGCUACCUGCUCAUGGACGAGGAUUGGAACCUGGACUACGCGGCGAUGAUCCGCGCGCACGCUCUCGUUGAUCGCACGCGGAAGGGAGAUGGGGUACAGCUGGAUGAGUUCCGUACGGCGGUGUUGGUAAACACUGACGCUGAUGGAUGGCUGAUCUGGCGGGUUGGAGAUGAGAACACUCCCGCUGGCCAACAACGUUCUGCUCAGCGGGACCAGAUCAUCGCGUUCAAGGAGAAGUUGACGGAAAUGGGGAAAGAGGACCUGUUCCUUCGCUGGGUAGAGUUGAUCCAAUGGGAGAGCUCGCAGCCCGGUGGCUUUACGCCUGAGAGGCAGCGCUCUGCGAUGUUGCAAGCGAAGCAGAUGUUUGAGGACGAAAAUGUGGAUUUCAGUCGUUUCUGGGAUGAAAUGGGCGGCAUGGAACAAUUGGAUUAG